GCGGACAUCCGCGGCGCCCCGUCGCUGCUCCCUAUUGCUGGAUCCUCCUGAACACCCACCUGGACUCCGGGCGUCCUUUCUACCCCGCAGCCAUUUGCUUGCCUUCCUGCAGACAUGCCGUUCGUUGAAUUGGACACAAACUUGCCUGCUGGCCGCGUGCCCGCGGGACUGGAGAAGCGGCUCUGCGCGGCCAUUGCGACCAUCCUGGGCAAACCUGAGAACCGCGUGAACGUGGCGGUGCGGCCUGGCCUGGCCAUGGUGGUGAACGGCUCGGCAGAGCCCUGCGCGCAGCUACUUGUCUCCUCCAUCGGUGUGGUGGGCACGGCCGAGCACAACCGCGACCACAGCGCUCGCCUCUUCGAGUUCCUCACCAAGCAGCUGGACCUGGCCCAGGACCGGAUAAUUAUCCGCUUUCUCCCUUUGGAGCCCUGGCAGAUUGGCAAGAAUGGGACAGUCAUGACUUUUUUGAUUGGCAUGGAGGAUGUCUAGAGUCUGUGAGCUGGCAGCCCCUUCCAGAGAUGCCUCCUGGCAGUGAGAGCCUGGUAGACACCCCCACCUGUUCUGUGCAGCCAUGCCUGUGAACUCACGGUCCUCUUCCCCAUCAUCAUGACAAAUAAAUGAAGACAGCUUUGUCUUUCAAACA